AUGCUAGGUGCUUUGCAAGGAAUGUCAAAAGAUCAAUCGUUUAGCAGGUUUGGAGAAUGCCAAGUAAAGCUCUGGACAACUUCAUUUGAUACCCCACCACCAGAUCCCAUUUCCACAGAUCCUAAACCAUUUGAAUUCGAUUCACGAUAUGCUCAUUUAGACACCAAUCUACUGCCAAAAACUGAAAGCAUGAAAGACACAAUUGAGCGUGUUCUUCCGUUUUGGCACGACGAAAUCGUUCCCUCUAUUAAGAAGGGAAAAAGGGUAUUAGUUGUCGCUCAUCUUAACAGCAUCCGCGCUCUUUUAAAGCAUAUUGACAAUAUUCCAAAUGAGAAAAUUAUGGAUAUUGAUAUACCUACAGGAAUUCCAUUAGUCUACGAAUUACAAGCUAACAUGUCCCCCAUUCGGAAAUACUAUCUGGCAGAAACCUCUGAGCUUGCCCCCGUUAUUAGCAGAGAAAUUGGCAAUAUUAAACUAGCAUGA